AUGACACAGUCCUAUAGACUUGGUCAGUGUAAACAAAUUGCAUUGUCAUGGUCAGUGUUGUGCUUGUCUGAUUGGCAGAAAGGAAAGGUUAAAUUAGGUCAGUUGGACUUGGAGGGAGCCUUGAUUGCCAGAGACCAAGUUGGCAUCCAGGACUUUGUGCUUCUUGACGCCCACAACAGUGAAACAGCUUUCCUGGACAAUCUGAAAAAACGUUUCACUGAGGAUUUGAUAUACACUUACAUAGGUACUCUGCUGAUAUCUGUAAACCCAUACAAAGAGUUGGACAUCUAUGCCAAGAAACAAAUGGACCUCUACAUGGGAGUGAACUUCUUUGAACUUCCCCCUCACAUUUAUGCAUUAGCAGACAAUGCCUACCACACCAUGCUAACAGAAGCCAACAACCAUUUUAUUUUGAUAUCUGGGGAGAGCGGAGCAGGCAAAACUGAGGCCUCCAAGAAGAUCUUGCAGUACUAUGCAGUCAGCUGCCCUAGUUCCACCUUACUCGACACAGUGAGAGACCGCAUGCUCAUGUCCAACCCUGUACUAGAGGCCUUUGGAAAUGCAAAGACGAUGAAAAAUGACAACUCCAGCCGUUUUGGGAAGUAUAUGGACAUCCAGUUUGAUAGCCAGGGAGAUGCUGUUGGUGGCCACAUACUCAGCUACCUGCUGGAAAAGUCUAGAGUGGUUCACCAAAACCAUGGUGAGAGAAACUUUCAUAUCUUCUACCAGCUGGUGGAGGGAGGAGAGGAAGACCUACUGAGGCACCUGGGCUUGGAGAAGGACACUAAACGUUAUAGUUAUUUAGUGCAGGGAGAAUGUUCCAAUGUCAGCUCUAUUAAUGACAAGAACGACUGGAAAACUGUUAAAAAUGCAUUGUCAGUCAUUGACUUUGAUGCUAAUGACAUUGAGCACCUCUUUGGGAUCAUAGCUAGUGUGCUCCAUCUGGGGAACGUGCACUUUGAUGGAGACACCAAAGGUUAUGCUACUUUAAACUCUAAUGCAGCUCUGCGCUGGGUAUCCAAGCUGUUAGGGGUCCAUGUUCAGGUCCUUCAUGAAGCUCUUACAUUCAGAAAGAUUGAAGCCAAAUCAGAGGAGGUCUUGAGUCCAUUUACUGUUGAUCAUGCUAUCUAUGCCAGAGAUGCCCUGGCCAAAGCCAUCUAUGGUCGUGCCUUCACAUGGCUGGUGAACCGAAUCAAUGAGUCUCUGGAGAAUAAAGAUUCUAACAGGAAGACAGUUAUUGGAUUGUUAGACAUCUAUGGAUUUGAGGUAUUCACUGUUAACAGUUUUGAGCAGUUUUGCAUAAACUACUGUAAUGAGAAGCUACAGCAGCUCUUCAUUCAAUUGACGCUGAAGGCUGAACAAGAGGAAUAUGAAGCAGAAGGAAUUGGGUGGGAGCCGGUGCAGUUCUUCAAUAAUAAAAUCAUCUGUGACCUGGUGGAGGAGAAGCACAGAGGAAUUAUCUCUGUGCUGGAUGAGGAGUGUGUGAGGCCAGGUGAUGCUACAGAUCUCACUUUUCUUGAGAAACUUGAAGAGAAAAUGGGCAAUCAUCCCCACUUUGUAACGCAUAAACUGGCUGAUAAGAAGACCCGCAAGUCUCUGGAGAGAGGAGAUUUUCGUCUUCUUCAUUAUGCAGGGGAGGUGACCUACUGCGUUGUGGGGUUCAUUGACAAAAACAAUGAUCUUUUGUACAAGAACAUCAAAGACGUGAUGCGCCUGUCAAAGAACCCAAUAAUACAGCAGUGCUUUCCAGCCACUGAGGGAGACAGCAGGAGAAGACCUGAGACAGUGGCCACUCAGUUUAAGAACAGUCUUCUGCAGCUGACGGAGAUUCUGACAGCCAAGGAGGCGUGGUACGUGCGCUGCCUCAAGUCCAAUGACAAUAAACAGCCAGGCAAGUUUGAUGAAGUUCUGGUCAGACACCAGGUGAAAUAUCUGGGGUUAAUGGAGCACCUGAGGGUCAGACGAGCUGGAUUUGCAUAUCGGCGUAGAUAUGAGGUUUUUCUACAGAGGUAUAAAGCACUUUGUCCUGCCACUUGGCCCCACUGGAGAGGUGUACCUUCAGAUGGGGUGGAAACCCUGGUGCAACAUCUAGGCUACCAGUCUGAUGAGUAUAAAAUGGGCAGGACAAAGAUAUUUAUACGAUAUGCCAGGACACUUUUUGCCAUAGAAGAUGCCUUUGAAAUCUGCAAACAUGAACUGGCUACAAAACUACAGGCCAAAUACAAAGGCUACAGAGCCAAAGGAGAGUUUCGAAAACAGAAAGAGGCUGCUACAAAAAUUGAGUCGUGUUGGAGAGGAGCGCAGGCGCGCAAAGAGAAAGAGCGCAGAGCCUGGGCUGUCAAAGUCAUUAAAAAGUUUAUUAAGGGCUAUAUGACAAGACGUGAUGCAAAAACUACUGACAACUCUGAAUACCUGGCCUUCGUUCGACAGAGCUACCUGAAUAGACUCAGAGACAAGUUACCAAAGACCGUCCUGGACAAGACCACAUGGCUGACACCUCCUCCAGUCAUGACAGAGACCUCAGAGAUUCUGCGACAGCUGCACACACGUAUGAUGGUGAGGAAGUAUGUGCGGGGAAUUACGCCACAGAAAAAAGCACAGCUGCAACAAAAAGUAGUAACCAGUGCCAUCUUUAAGGGAAAGAAGGAUAGCUAUCCUCCAAGCAUCGCUGUUCCUUUUGCGGACACUAGAAUCAAUGAACAAGAUAUCAAUAUGAGGGUUCUUCAGACUAUACGACAUGAACGUAUCAAGUACAGCGUUCCUGUGGUGAAGUAUGACAGGAAUGGAUUUAAACCCAGACAAAGGCAACUUAUUCUCACUCAGGCUGCUGUAUACCUGGUAGAAGAGGCUAAGAUCAAACAGAGAGUGGACUAUGUUUCUCUAAAAGGUGCUUCUGUCAGUAAUCUGGGUGACUCUGUUAUGAUCCUUCAUGUUGCUUUCAACGAUCCAAAACAGAAGGGGGACAUGGUACUUCAGUGUGACCACCUGUUUGAAGCUUUGACCAAACUGGCUAUGAUUGCAAACAAGCAGAACAACAUCAAGGUGGUUCAGGGAAGCAUAAAGUUUGAGAUCCAGGCAGGAAAGGAGAGCGGUGUGGACUUCAGCACUGGCCAAGAUCCUAUGAUUUAUAAAGGCAAAAAUGGUCAUCUGAUGGUGGUGGCUCCACGGACCAAGUCUCGAUGAUCUGAAGGAGGUCACCAUGUCCCUGUAUAUUUCAUGAGGUAAAUCCUUAUGGAAGAUGAUGUCUUUCUCCACCUACCAAAAUGUGAUGCACCACACCGCACCGCACCGCGCGCGCACACACACACACACAACUAAGAGCUCAUUAUAUGGAGAUUCAAAGAAGCACUGAUGACUGGAAGUACAAAUGGAAAAUUACAGCUACAGGGAAAAUAAAGCUAUUUUUGUCCAA